AUGGAGAUCCAGUUCUCGAUCCCUAUUAAUGGAGGGCGAUCCAACAGCUCGGCGCCUUCUUCUUCAGAGACUGAGACUGAAAGAUCUGCAAAUGCCACGGCUUCAAGAGUUGGGACGCAUAGGUUUGCGCUUGAGACAAGGGCGCGACAUACAAGACGAAGCUCAAGUAGAGCACGCACGGGUUGUGCUACAUGUGAAAAGCGACAUGUCAAAUGUGACGAGACAAAACCAGCCUGUCUCAAUUGUUUAAAAUGGAGAGGCUCAUGCGAUGGCUACGGCGAUGCAGCAGCUACACCCGCCGAAAGCACCACCGAACCUCGGCCGCGCUCAACAGCCUCAAGGUCAAAAGCAACGGCGAACUCUGCGACUAAAUCCCGUGCAGCGUCGAAGAUUAAUGUUACUACAGGCUCAACGGCUGUUGUGAGGGCCAGAGCACCGACAAUUCCUGAGGAACCUCCAAUCAACACGAUCUGCUUCACAAGUAGUGAGCAGCGAUCUUACUUCGAUGAAUGGUCGGCACUUAGUGUCGGGUUCCUCAGUGGAGGACUGGGCGAUUCGCGAUUAUGGACGACUACGAUGCCUCAACUUACGUUGCAGGAACCGUCAUUGAGAUAUGCCGCUAUGGCAGUAGGCGCACUGCGCAAAGCUUCUAACGUCGAGUUUGAAGCGUCAUCGCCUGGGAAUGAACUCGCGGGUGAUAACAAGCACUACCUCAACGCAAUUGUCUACUACUGCGAAGCUUUACAACUGCAAGCCAAGGCCAGACCAACGAAAGAAGGACUACGGACAGCGAUGUUGGCGUCUCUGCUGUUCAUCUGCUUUGAAGCGCAACGGGGAAAUAUGCCAGCGGCCCUCAAGCACAUCACUCAUGGCUUCAGCAUGUUGAACGAGCUUGCGGCUUGUACCGACAAAGCUCCCAGUCUUGUCAGAAUCGCCCCGGCACCUCCAGCGCUGGUCCAGGAGAUCCUGGAUUGCUAUAAGCCCUUGGAACUCCAGUCGCGAUCAUUCAUGGGGUCGUAUAAGAAGUUCUUCUUCCCGCCGAAACCACCCGCAGUCGCUGCAAAACAGGCUCCCCCUUCACAGAUCUCCAGUCCUCAUUCUGUAUCGAGUCCACCAAGUCAACCUGGUACACCGUGGGCGAGUGCACCCUCAAGUCAGCAGAACCCAGUUGGUCUUCCGAGUCCACAGAGUCAAGCAAGUCCGCAAGCCAUGUCAGACCAGCAGACACCUCCGCGAGCGCCUCCGCAGAGACCCCCGGGUAUCGCGCCGUUUACCAAGCACUCACCUUACUUCAGGCCAAAGCAGACGAAUAUCAGCGUAAUUGAAGAUAUGCCCGCUGUUUUCAGCACGUUGGACGAGGCCCAUGGCUACUGGACGCUACUGCAGAGGCAGCUUGUGCAAUACAUCCCUCUGCUAACAGCGACGACAGCACAGCUUGCGUUGACGAAAGUGAGGGACAUGAAGGAACUGGAAAUGAAGCUAGACAGCGUGAGGCAGAACCCCAGGAUCUCAAAGUUUCUGGAGGAAUCCAGGCAUUGGCUUCAAAGAUGGUCGACGUCCUUCAGUCCCCUCCUUCAAACCGCGCAGGACAAUCGCCAGAACGAUGCACAGUCUUAUCUGCAAGCGAUUAACUUCCAUAUCGAGUUUCUCAUCCUUUACAUUUACACCGCCAUGCCACGAUACUCUGGCGUCGAAACAGCAAAGGAUCUCACACCCCAAUACCGAGAGCUCAACGCCAUUGCCGAGACAUUGAUCGCAUCCCGUCCCAACUGUGGUUUCGCAAUGGAUUCAGGUUGGACAUGGCCACUCUUUGUCUCAGCAUUCGGCUGUCGCGAUCCAGAAGUCAAACAAGACGCAAUUCGCAUUCUAGGAAAAUACCCCAUCCGAAACGCCCUUCGCGACAGUCGUGUCUUCCGCGCCAUCGCCUUGAAGAACUGUGAAGUCGAAGCUAUGAACGCAAUGGAGGGCGAUGAAGAUCAGCAGUGGUUACGACUGAGGAGGAGAGAGCUUGUCUUUGAGGAUCUGGGGAUGAACAUUAUCUUUCGGUACGCGGAGAAGAAUCAGGCCACGGGGGAGUGGGGGCUCAUUGAAGAAGUGGCGGCGUUUAUGGUUGGAGAGGAUGGACAGUUGGAUUGGCAUAGACAGCCUAUCUCGGAGUCGGUGUCGAUUCUUUCGGGUGUUUGUUAA